AUGGAGUAUAAGAAACACUUCAUCGCCCUUGAAUCAAAUCCAGAGCUUUUCACCAGGCCAUUUCAAGACCUUGGUCUGUCACAACAGCUACGCUUUCAUGACAUUUGGUCCCUGAGCGAACCUGAACUUAUUGUCACAGUUCCUCGACCUGUCCUCGCUCUGGUUCUCAUUUCCCUCACGACAGACAACUAUGAAGCAAGCAUGGCCGCAGAAAAUAACGAUUAUUCUACUAGCGUAGGCGCCCCAGUUACGCAGGAUGCCGGCAUUUUCUGGUUGAAUCAGACAAUCAACAACGCUUACUCCGACCGUGCUUCCCCGCUCGAGAAUGAGGCAGAGCUGGAGGCUAUGUAA